AAGAUGGCGUCGGCUGCUGAAGGGUUGUUUGGCAUACUCUCCGAAAAAAUAGGAGCGACAGAGGAUAGUUUACGGCUUAUAGCAUCUCUCUUUCUAGGGUAUCCUUUAGCAUUUAUUUACCGUCAGCUUCUCUUUGGAAAACGCCCAGAAAUACAACACAUCUAUUUCUCUCUCACUGGUCUUGCCCUAUGCUAUUUUAACUUUGGUGGGGACCUUAUACAUUCCGUAAUCAACAUUUUGGCCAUUUAUAUACUGCUUGUAAUAUGUGGUGGUACAACAUUCUCUGUCGCAGCAGCAUUUCUAAUCAAUACAGGUUAUCUCUGCUUUGGCUACGAUGCCAUUGGAAGUGCAGACCAGUAUGACAUCAAGUGGACAACCCCUCACUGUGUACUGACUCUACGACUAAUAGCUGUCGUGGUAGAUGUCUAUGAUGGCCAGAAGAACCCUGAUUCAUUAACACCUGAUCAGAAGUCAACAGCUUUAAAGAAAAACCCUUCUCUUUUGGAAAUGUUUGGUCAGGUGUAUUUCUUUGGUGGUUUUUUGGUGGGACCUCAGUUUUCCAUGAAGAGGUACCAAGAUUUUGUCAAUGGGGUAUUUGCUGAUAAAGUUACAAAAGGCCCUCCUGUUAGCAGUGUUGGGGCUGGCCUGAGUCGUCUAGGCCUGGGCCUUCUGGUUGUGUUCCUCUACCAGAUUGGUGCUAUAUUCAUUCGUCAGUCUUAUCUCCUGUCUGAUGACUUUCAGAAAUUAGGCUUCUUCAGCAAGUGCCUUUUUAUUCUGUUUUGGGGGAAAUUAAACAUUCACAAGUAUGUCAGUGCCUGGUUGAUCUCUGAGGGCAGUGCAAUCGUCACGGGCCUGACGUAUAAUGGCCAAGAUAAGAAUGGCAAUGAAUUAUGGGAUGGAUGUACAAAUGUUCGCUUAUGGACAUUCGAGACGGGCAGUUCCUUCGGGGAUAUCAUUGAGUCUUUUAACAGGAACACAAAUUUGUGGAUGGCAAAGUAUGUUUUCAAGCGGUUAAAGUUUCUGGGCAGUAAGGAAUUGUCCCAGGCUAUUACACUCUUCUAUCUGGCAUUGUGGCAUGGACUCCACUCUGGCUAUUAUAUGAACUUUUUCCUUGAAUUUGUCAUGGUUAAUGGAGAAAAACAAUUACAAGCAUUGAUCCAAAGGCGGCCAUACCUAAGCAGUAUUGUAUCUAACCCAACAAUACAGCUGAUGUUAUGGGUGGUGAAAAGUGUGACAGUCCAUUUCUCCGUCAGCUAUGCAUUAAUUUCCUUCUGUUUGCUGCGAUAUGAUCGAUGGUGGCAUGUUUACUCAUCUGUGUACUUUAUUGGUCAUGUAGUGUAUUUCCUUUGGCCAUUUGUACACCUCCUGCUUCAAAGGUUGUUACCCAAGUCUUCCCACAAACAACAGCUGGAACAACAGCCAGCUGUUCUAACGAAGAAAGAAAGUUGAGAUGAUGCAGACAAGACCAUGCAAAAACUGAAUUUAUUGUGUAACAUAUCAAAGUAUUUUUCUGAUAAUUUAUUAUACAGUUGAGAAAUGUUUCCUUUAGACUGUGAAAUCAGUAUGUUUUUCAAGGCUUGUAUUCUUGGAAAAAAAAUUGGAAUGUUGGAUGAAUGUGCUUGAAACCUGUAAAUAUAUGUGUAUACAAAUUAAGCAUGUAUUUAAAUGUUUUUGAAGAGACCAUAUGAGGGAUUUGCUUGAGAUGUGCACAUAUGUUCCUGAAUUUGCUGUUCUAUUUGCUAAAAGUUUCAUGCUUCAAGUAAAGGCAUGCAGUUUAAGCAAAGAAGGCACAAAGUUUAAUGAGACUGAAGGCAUUUGUUCACAAGAUCCUACUGUUAGUUGUCAGAAUAAGGCAUUUUGGUAAACUGUUGAAGCGGACUGCAUAGCACAUUUCUGGUGAUUGUAGAUAUAUGCAUAUG